AUGCACAAUAAGCACAAUAGUCAUGCAUUUAUUUGUAAAACUAUUCGGCGGUACACAUCAAAUAAACCGGAGGAAUUAAUAGAAUCGGCAAAUCCAAAAAAAAUUACCAAUGAGCUCAAUUCAUAUUUUGCUUUGGUAGGAAAUUCUACGGCGGACUCUGUUAAGAAAUUAGGACAAGAGCACCAUAUACCUGUCAUAGAGCAUCAACCUAUAAAACGCUACCCCGAACCAGAGCAGUUCUCCCACAGCCAAAUACCUAGAGAGGAACAUGUAGCAAUG